AUGGAGGAGCUAUUGCAGCGGUAUCAGGACCAACUCGCGGCUGCUAGAGGCGCUAGCUGCUUCUGCCACAACCGUAAGAACGUCCCAGACCUGCAUCGCGUGGAGGAGGAGCUGUUCGAGAACCAGAACCUGACGCCGAGGGUCUCCGCCAUGCGCCUGUCCAGGGCGGAGCUGCCUGUGCUGUGUCGAGCCGACGGCGAGGAAGCGCGGUUCAGCGAGGUGCAGCUGCCGUCGUCGAACUGGGAGUGGGUGUCCGAUUGGCAAUGCGAUAUCCACGCCCACACGGACGAGAGCGGGUGGGUGUAUGCAGACUCGUGGGAGCAACUGCGAGACGCCUGUCAACUGCAUCGCAGCGAGCAAACGAUGAGUGCCCGUGUCCGUCAACGUCGGUGGAAGCGAGAGCGAAUGCUCACGCGAUCUACAGGGCUCCCAGUUGCGCUAAACGAGCGUCUACUGACAAAGAGCAGGCUAGCUGCUAUGCACUACGCCAACGAGAAGCUGACUCAACAGCUUCUGCGCGCAAACGAGCACAUUGCUGAGCUCGAGCGACGAGAUAAAGUGUACGAAGCGCACAUGCUCAAGCUGCAGCAGGUCGCGGAGGAGCUGUCCAACGAUCUGUACGCCCGGUCCUUCGAUCUGCACGACCCCGUGGCAGUGCCCUACACCGUCUCCAAAAGCAUCGAGGGGCUCGCACGCUUGGACACACUGACCGUCACCAGCGAGGUGCAGCGCCGACGGUCGGAGAUUUUGGCAGCGUGCGAGAACGAGCUCCAGACAACUAUGGACGAGUUCAACGACCUCGCGCGCACGCUGGAGCGGAGGCAGUCACCACCCCCAGAGAUGACGGAGCGGCCAGCUCUAAUAGGCUAG